CUUUUACGCGGUGAAUCCAUAACAUAAUCGUCGACCGUGCGACAUAACCUCCAAUAAAUGGUAGUUUGAUUUACGAAAAAGUUUUUUUAACCUCUGCAAAAAUAUGAAAAUCCUAGAAGAUCCAGUCUUUAAAACAAACUAUCAAAAAUAUAAAGUUCGUGUCAAACUAUGGGAAAGUCGCUUUACGGAAAAAUACGGACGCAAGCCUAACAGGAAUGACAUUAAAGAGGCUGACAUAAAAAUAAAAGAAUCAUAUAAAAUGUAUUGGAAAUUAAAAACACAAGCCUUAGAAGAAACUCUUACAGAUAUUACAUUUUCUGAUGAAAUACAAGACAAUGUUUCCGAUAAAACAUUAACACAGACAAUGGUAGAAGAAAUGGAAAAAGAUAACAAAUUAUUAGUGGAGGAGAAUAAGCAAAGUACAGAUAGUACAGAUGGAAAAGAUAUUGGAAAUAUAGAUGACAAGAAUGUAGAAAGUACAGAGAAGAAAGAUACAGAAAAUAUAGAUCCCCAUUGUCAUAAAAAUCAACCUAUCCUUGACAAUUCGGCAACAAAUAAAACUGAAUACAAAAAUGUGGAAGGUGUAUGGGGUGAUCACUUAAGUAAAAGCAACGAACAAGUGCCAAAAAAGAAACAAAAUCUACUUACAAGUAAAUCGUCUUCCUUUCAAUUAUCGCUAAAUAAAUUUACAAGCUCAAGUUUCACAAAAAGAAAUCCUAGAAAAUCACUGUCUAUGUCAAAGAUUAAAAGUAAAUCUGAAAAAAAUAUUGGCACCGGUACAAGUGAAAACGUUGAGCAAACCAAGAAUAGAGAUACAAGCAAGGAAAGUAGCCUUAAUGUCAAUGAAGACGUAACACCUAUGUUUGGUGAACCAGUAAAAGUUACAUACAUGAAACAAAAACCUAAUAGUCAGUCGAUUAGUACUGUACAGCAAUUAAUGGAAGGUUAUACGGUUAAUAGAAAUUUGAACCCAGGCUGGCUGCAGAGAUGUGCAAAGCAAAGUAAUUUGGAAUAUUCAUUGGCCGAUUUACAGACGCUCUCUGGUACGAGCGAUUCUGGAAUCGAAUCAAUGGAGACGAGUAUUCAAUCGCCUAAUGAAAAUAUCACGGUACUCGAGUCGACGACUAAAUUGUUACAAGUAUCGGACGAAGAAGAUUUUAUUUGUAAUAGUGACUCGGAAGAAGAACGUAGACACAAACGUAUCAGAAACAUUAACAAAAGAUUCAACGAUCAAGAGAAUUAUCCUGCUAAAAGAAUAUGCACCGAUAUUCGCACGAGUAUACCCGUUGAAAAACAAGUAUCAAAUACAACACAUCCCAUGUAUUCUAUUGAGAAUGUUAACACGCCUACCAACGUGCAAGCAAAAAGCAAUGAUACAGGCGAUAAAAGUAUAAAUAAUGUGACAAAUUUGAUCGAGGAUAGCAAAAAAUGUACGGAUGCAAGUGCAGAUAACAAUGAGAAUGCAGAGGCAAUAUCUACCGAAAUUCGUCCAUCUCGUCGCAAAACUUUUAGAAGAAUUAAACAAGCCUCGUCCGAUGAUUCUGAUCCAGAUUUCGAUGGAAAUGAUAAAAAGCAAAAAGUAUCAAAGAAAACACGAACAACUAGUACAAAAACACGGAAAAAUACAACGAGAGGAACAAAUUCGAAAAAGGAGAAGGCAAGCAAAGCUGGAACAAAGAAGUCCUCUAGAAAGAAAAAGAAUGUAGAAACAGAUGAGGAAGAUUUAUCAAAGUCUGAAGCUGCAAAUCCAGAAAACACGGUAAUUAAAAAGCCUCCGAUAUAUCCGAUAGAAACUUUGCAAGCUGUUCCACGUUUUGCUAUCAAUAAAAGCAAUCAGGGAAACCUUAUUGAACAAUGCACCAAAUCCGUUUCCUCGACAACUAAAAAUUCAAGCGUCGAUUCUGUCGUACCUACAACAAAACCGAAAGGACAAUUAACCGAUAAAGAGAAAUUAGAGAAGAAGGUUAUGGACGGGAAAAUAAACGAGAACUUCGUUAGAAUAAAUUUGAAGAAAAAGAUAUUUGUUCGCGGGAAAAAGAACUUUAAUUUCUCGAAGUAUAAAAAGAAUCAGUGGAAGCAAAGAAAGAAAGAAUUAGGAUCCGGAGAAGGUAGUUUAGACGUAGCCGAUUUCGUUGAGAAACAUAAUGUAUUGAAGUGCUUUCUCUGCGGGGACGUUGGUCAUUUUUCGAGGAAAUGUCCGAAUAGAAGAGGCGACGAUCUGAUACCGUUGGAAGAGGUAGACGAUGGUUCGCAGUUUCCUACUUUGGAAGAAGCCCAGCAGAUGGCUAGCCAAAAUGCAGUCCCAGCACACGCAAAUAGAAUUAAUCUUUUACCGAAAACCCCGUCUCAUUUUGCCACGGUGGAAAACAAAUCGGAGGUUAAGACUGACGAUAACGAUUUAUGGGAACCUAUCGAUGACGAAGAACUUCUAUGCGGGCAUAAAAUACCUGAGGAAUUAAUAUCAAAGUUAUUACCUCCCAAACUUGGCACUGUACGUCCAUUGUAUGAAGCUGAAGAAGACAAAUCGUGUAUCGAUACGCCGGCCGAAGUGUUCGAGACGUUACAGAAAUUUGGUCACGAGAAUUUCAAACCCGGACAAGAGAAAGCAGUGAUGAGAAUACUUUCUGGUCAAUCAACGUUGGUUACUCUAUCCACUGGUUCCGGGAAAUCAUUGUGUUACCAACUGCCUGCGUAUCUUUAUUCGAAACAUUCUAACUGCAUUACUUUGGUUAUAUCACCGUUGGUGUCUUUGAUGGACGAUCAAGUGACGGGCGUGCCAGCAUUUUUAUCCGCAGCGUGUCUGCACACAAACCAAACGGAAAAAGUACGAAACAACGUGAUGGAAAACCUAAAGCACGGAAAAGUGAACAUUUUGUUAGUCUCUCCAGAGGCUGUGGUAGCCGGUGAAAAAUCAACCGGUUUCGGUGCUAUAUUUAGACAUCUUCCACCGAUUGCUUUUGCGUGCAUAGACGAGGCUCACUGUAUAUCGCAAUGGUCCCAUAACUUCCGUCCAUCCUAUCUCAUGGUGUGUCGAGUUCUCCGUGAAAAAUUAGGCGUACAAACAGUGCUAGCUUUGACUGCCACCGCGAGAACGGUUACCUGUGAAAGUAUAGUAAAGCAUUUAGACAUACAUGACGGAAUGGCGGGUGUCAUUUCUGACAUUCCAAUGCCGACGAACCUAUUGCUGACAAGUUCCAAAGAAGAAAACAAGAACGAAGCUUUGAUAAAAUUGUUGGAAAGCGAAAGGUUCCAGGAGUGUGAUUCGGUUAUCGUUUACUGUACUCGUCGUGAAGAGUGCGAACGAAUCGCUGGUCUUCUAAGAGCGUCUAUACCGGAAACGCAUAAUCCCAAUAAACGUAACAGCAAACUCUCUACCGUCGCGGAGCCGUAUCAUGCUGGUUUAUCGGCCUACCGUCGGAAAACUGUACAGAAGGCAUUCAUGAACGGGAAUAUUAAAAUUAUCGUAGCUACGGUUGCUUUCGGUAUGGGUCUGAACAAACCAGAUAUUCGUGCCGUAGUUCACUAUAAUAUGCCUGGAACGUUUGAAAGUUACGUUCAGGAAGUCGGAAGAGCCGGACGUGAUGGACUCGUAGCACAUUGUCACGCAUUUUUAAAUCCCAAGGAGGACAAAGAUAAAUGGGAACUGCGCCGACAUAUUUAUGCAAAUGGCGUGGACAGACAUACGAUCAGGCGUUUGCUCGAAAAAGUUUUUAUUCCGUGCUCGUGUUCGAAGUUACGCGAAAAUAAUGAUGACCGUAGAUGUCCUGGUCAUGAAGUCGCUAUACCCAUCGAUGAAACGGUCGAAGCUCUAGAUAUUACCUCGGAAUCCAUUUCGACCCUUUUAUGCUACCUUGAGCUACACCCUAAACGAUUCAUCACGGUUCUUUCGUCGGUGUAUGUAAGAGCUAGGGUAUCGAGUUACAGUGGACCUACGGGGUUGAAACAAGCCGCGCAAUCAUCUCCGCCACUGGCAAUGGCAAUAGCAAUGGACCUGCAAAAAGGUAUUUCUCACGAAAAUAGUAACGUUAUCGAGUUUCCGGUUGUGGACAUAGCGUCCGCCAUUGGUUGGGAUAGCGGUGUAGCGAAGAGUCAUCUUAAAAGUUUAGAGUGGAAAACAGGUGUGCUUUCGCGAAUAAUUAGAUACUUUAUUUUAAAAUAUAAAAUAUACUCAAUUUUUCCUUGUCUUUCAGUUAACGGAUGUUCAAAGCGUUCGGCUAUUUCGGUAAAAUAUGACACGCUUGGUUUAAGAGUGAGAGCUCCUGGUGAUCUUACAGGAAACGAACUGGACGAAGCACUCGACGCUUUGUAUAGUCGUGCACAGUCUCAAGAAACCUCGGCUAUACAACAACUCGAAACAAUUAGCUUAACACUUCACAAAUUUAGCAUGAAAUCAGUGAAAGAGUGUUUAAUAACGAAUGCAGAAAUUACUGACAAAUCUGAUCAAUUAAAGAAUGUUAUUAGAAAAUACUUCGCAGGAGAAGUUCUGUUGGAUAUUGAUUUGAAGCAACAAAUGAAGUUGACAAACGAAGACGAAGUCGCUGGUGACGUUCGAAAUUUAAUUAUAAACUAUCGAGAUGUUAAUUUCAAUGGACGUGCUAUUGCUCGCAUUUUCCACGGUAUACAAAGCCCGAAUUAUCCCGCCUACAUUUGGAAUAAAUGUCGCUUCUGGAGGUUACAUCUUUCGUGCAACUUCAACGUUCUGUGCCAAAUUGCGACAAGAGAAAUUUUGGCAUUACGCUAGGAGAGUAUAUUUUCAAUGUUUUUUUAAGGAUAAACUUUGAUUCUGCUAUUGUUACGGCACAAUACAGCAGAAUUUUUUGAACAGUAAUUAUCACAAAUAUUUGAACGAUACGUAAAUGAUCUCCAUAAUUUAUUCGUGAUAGAUCGUUAUCUGAACUUCAGAUCGAUACGUGAUGUGGACAGA